AUGGUUCGAACCCUCGCCCCCCAGCCGUUGCAAGAAGAAAGCUUCACGCCAAACUCCACAUGGCUUCUCGUCCUGUUGACCGACUUGGACGACGAAUACCAGGAAAGGCUGCAAGGCCCUCAUAGAGAUAGCAAGGCCAAUAUCUACGUUCUUGCUGCGUUCGCACAACGACUGGGAUAUUCACGACUGAUGAUCGCCGAUGAUAUGACAAAACGUCAGCUUAUGGGGGUCCCACGCGACAGCGAAGAGCAUGAGCAGGGGGCUAUCACGGUCGUGACGGCUACUAUUCCUAUGCAUCAAGAGAGAACCCGCGACUACCCCUGGCCUCCUCAUUAUGAUGGCCAACCAGUGAAAUUCCAGUCGCUUGAAAGUAUCUGGGUUCCGAUGUGGAAGUCACCAGUGAACCUCGAAGAGAUACAGGAGGGAGUAGUGCUCCGUGAUCCUGACUGUGGACCAUUCACUACAACCGCAAUAGCUUCACUUCAAUACGAGCUCCAGUUUGAUGCAGUCAAUGAGGCUUUGUCGCAUAUGGCCAACUACAAACCCAAGAUGCCUCUGUGGGAUCGUCCAAAAGCUAUCACUGCAUCAGUAUACCAAGCUAUGGAACGGUGUGUUCGUGAAAAGCGAAAUACCCCAGCAUACAUGACAAGGGCAAACGAGAAUGACCCACCAAUUACAGUAGAAUUGGUCCCAUGGGAGCGACACCGCAGUUCAACCAGAAGAGACCUGGCGACAUUCUGGAACGAGUACCUACUCUGGGAUUACACUCGCAACAAAGAUGAAGGGCUUUUUCCCUUUCUUUAUCUCACUGGGCCUUUUAAAAGUAUUGACGAGACUCUCUUCGGCAUCAUAAGGCGCUUAAGCGACGAGCUCAUGUUGGCAAUAGUCACAACUGGGAAAUUGAGGCUGGGGAGUAUCUGCAGAUCUAUGCAUUGGGGCGACCAUAAUGAAUGGAACGAACUUCAUUACUUGAACACACCUGAUUCUUAUCCCGGAUGGAUCUACAAGGAGCAACUAGAAGAUUACGACCAGCCCCUUUAUCGAAACUAUCCUGACUGGGAAGUUGCCAUUUAUGAUCGCUACACUAUUCCUUUAUUCUCAAUUUCAAACCAUCACAAUGACCAAGAUACCAUCCUCGGAUUGCAAUCCGAAAUGGGAGUGCAAAAUGCGGGCCCGGGUGCGCAUUCGGACGGAAAGGUCUGGACUACUGACAACGCAAUUCCUUUCUGCUACUUUAUGCCCUGGAAAGGCGGGGAAUCCGGCAGGGUGGAAGAUAUUUGGAACAUUAUCAAGGAGAUAGCUAUGCAUCCGACUUCAUUACGAACCUGCGACAUCGAAAUCGUCUGUUUGGAACAACGGUCUGCCGUUGAUUCGACAGUGAUCCUGGCAGCACCAAGCCUCUCUGCGCUUGAUCCAGAGCCUAAACUCCUUGGUCAUCUACCAAUUCCCCACGUUCGAGGCUUUAAAUUUGUCCGAGUCCCUGCAAAUCAAGUAUGGGAGUUGAUGCAAAAGCGAUUCGGACUCAUGAACUUUGAACGCAAGAAUUUGAAAUGGACACACUGUCGCCGACCAGGCUGGCCGGGACCGAAGGAGCUACCUGAUGAAUAUGAAGAGGGAGAGGUGUUUGUCGAUGGUGAUUCCCUGCCUUGA